AGAAAUGGCAGCGCUUAGACAGGAGCAUCGGUAUGGGCUCUCAUGUGUUAAAAUCAACAAAAUCGCCUCCAACAAAACUCUUUAUCACGUCAAACUGACUGACACUGCAAUCCGGACUCUCGAAGCGUACCAGAAUUUAAAGGAAUCACUUCCAAACCAGCCAGCGAUCUGCUUUAAGGGAAACCAAGGGUACAUUAAGAUCCCAGCGUCCACCGCUGAGACGCCCGACGCACUCCGAGUCUUCUCCUUCUACCUGUCCAGCGACAGCAAAGACAAACCUCAGGCCAGCUUUGACUGCAUUCACCAAUAUGUCUCAGGGGAGGGGCGUGAGCUGCUGGCCGGUAAGGGCAGCAUCCAGGACAAGAUCACGGUGUGUGCCACGGACGACUCCUAUCAGAUGACCCGCGAGAGAAUGUCCCAGGUGGAGAAGGACAUCUGGAGCCGCGCAGCCAUCGAGAUCAAGCCAGGUCCCAGUAAAUGUGUGAAGGUCCAGAGGAAGCAGGGCAGCGCGGUUUCAGGCUUGGACGGCAGCAACAGGCAGUCCCCGAGCAACAAGAGGAGCGCGGCCCCAAGCUCGGUGGCCCACCGGCCCCUGAGGGAACGCAUCAUUCACCUCCUGGCCUUAAAGCCCUACAGGAAACCCGAUCUGCUCCUGUGGUUGGAGAGGGAGCGGGCCAGCCUUAAGGACAAAGCAGACCUGACCUCCGUGCUGGAGGAGAUUGCUAAACUUAACCCCAAGGACCUGAGCUACACGUUGAAGGAGGAGCAUUACAGGCACGUCCAGCGCGAUUGGCCGGGCUUCGUAGAGGAGGAGAAGCAGCUCAUCCACAGGCUCCUGGCCAGGAAGCUCCCACCCCUCCAUGGCAGCCAGGUAAAGAGCCUGCAGUCCAACCCUUCAUUGCACAAAGCGCCUGGGGAUUCCCCGUCGCAGCUCAGCCCUGCCAAACACCUCUCUGUGAAACGCCCUUUGCCUUCUGACUCUCAGGUCCUCUGUCAGACGCCCAAGAAGCAGAGACUAUUGGACCACGUUUUGCCUUUGCAGUCCCCGUCUAACGGGGAGGUUGGGCCUGGGAAGUCCCGUAGCUCUGCGGCUCCAGGGAACACCAGCGUACAGACCAAUACAGAGUUUGAAAGGACCCACAGUCACGCCCAGGGGAGCCCCACCGGCCCCUACCUGAGACCCACCCUAAGCCAACCCUCUGCGGCCCCCAGCCCCCAGCGGGCCGAGCGGGCCCCCCCGGCGCCCAGUCCCCGGGCCCCUCAGGCUAACGUCUCUGUCUGCGCGGAGCAGCGGCUCGUCAACGGCCUGCAGAGAAAGAAGAAAUCCAAAAAGCACAAGGACAAGGAGCGAGAGCGCUUGAAACCAAACUGGAUCGAGACCAGCCCAGACCAGAAGCAGAAUCAAGAGAACAUCAACGACCAAGAGGGGGACAGCACAUCUGUUACUCACGCCUCUGACGAGGAACUGCCCGACUAUUUAAUUAAAUACAGAGCCAUAGCAGCAUUGGAACAGCGCCAACAAUAUAAGGACGACUUCUGUGCGGAGUACGAUGAAUACAGAUCCCUUCAUGAGCGCAUCGGCACUGUAACAGAGAUGUUUGUUCAGUUGGGCUCCAAGAUCAACACACUCUCCCCAGGCACACAGGAGUACAAGCUCAUGGAAGACCAAAUAUUACAAAAAUAUAAAAAGUAUAAGAAGAAGUUUCCCGGUUAUCGGGAAGAAAAGAAACGAUGUGAGUACCUGCAUCAGAAACUUUCUCAUAUCAAAGGCCUGAUUCUGGAUUACGACCAAACACAGACUCCCACCUAGCAACUGGCAUUUGUCCUAGCUGCUGAGUGUAAUCCUCUUGGGCCAAAUUGCUCCAUAUGGACCAAUAGACUGUCAGGCCAUGGGGCCGGGAGAACUUGGAUGAGGCUCGUGUUACUUCACCAAGUGUUAAUUACAUCAACGAGAAGUUUGGUGUCAAACACUUUUUAUUUUUAAUUGGACCAAGACCACAAGCUUCUUAUCAAACGAUGUCCCCUGAGAAAAUGUUUUUGGAGUUGAUCUUUGAUGCAGUCGCUGGGUAUUUUCAAGCUGUAAAACGGUUAGAUUACUGUGAAAGCCAAAUGCAUUAUUAUGUUUUCCCGUGCAACAUAAUUAUAAACAAUCCUGCUGAAUUAAUUUGAUGCUCGGCCCUCCUCCUACGGAAUUAAAGUGAUCUUGAUUGUACAAUCAUAAGGGAAAAAUAAAUGCUGCAAUAUAAUUCCAAACAAGAAGGUUAUUGGCAGUGUUAGACCAUAAACCUUGAAAAAUAUGAGUUAAAAUCCAUAUGUGAAAAUAAUGAAAUGCUAUGUAAUAACAACAUAACAAAAGACUUAUCAUGUCAAAAGCAGUCUAUUAUUUGCCACAUAUAAAAGGAAUCGACCACUUCAGACGCUGGGAAGUGCCAUCUGUGCAUAAACUAUGCAUUUGAAAUGCAUACAUUUAUGUCAAGCAAUGCAAUAUAUCCUAACAGGCCAUGGUACUUUUCACACCAGUAUUGCCAUCCUUCCAAAGCAUAUUGGACUGCAAGCACUCCUCUGAAUAAACCUGUCGGUUUAUAGGCCUGCGCUUGUCAGGACCAACGUUUAUUGGAUCGACAACUAGCAUACCGGAAAUUGCCUUUACACCAUGUCAUGUAAACAAAUCCUUGAUGCAGUGCCAUGGAAGUAUCAUUUUGUAAACGCUGAAACGGCAGUCCAUUGCUGCUGUGGAUGAAUGGAUUUUGUAAUAAUGUCCAAAUGCCUUUUUUUUAAGCUUACAGGGUAUUACACGCAUGAUCAUCUCAGUGUUUUGGUUCUUUUUGGUUUUUCUAUCUUUAUUGUGUAUUUGUGUGGGGUAAUACAAGUUAGUUCUAUAAUGUAAUUUGGUGAAUGUUAUAUUUUGACAUUGCACUACUCAAUGUGGUCUUACGCCUUCUGAAAUGGAUUGUUUCAUGUGAAUUUGUUACAUAUAUGUGUGCAGGUACAUUCCCAUUAUUCAGGUAUAUUUGCAGGCUGGGUUGGAAAUGUCAAUGUCUGUUGACAAAAUUGGAAUCAGUCGUUAAACCGCUGUGAUUUCAUCAUAGAAUCUGUAAUAAUGCCUGAUACACAAUUCUGGACCGCUGAUACCCCAUUGUGCAACUGUUCGUUUUGUGAAGUUUAAAUUAUUUGUUUGAAUGUUCUUUUGUUUUGUUUAAUGCAAAUAUGAAUCAAGCCAAUUGUUUGUUUUUUUGUGCUGCACUUUUUUUGCCACAAUUUUCUCUUCAUAAAGGUCUUACUUGUUUUGUGUUUUAAAACAAAUUUGUUUUCUUACGUCAUAAAUUAUAUGAAAGAAAUACAUAAAAUGACUAAUUCACUGAAUUACUUUCACUUUCAAUAACAAACAAUGAGAGGGUAAACAUUUGGACAUGUUAAGCUUGAAACAACAAAAUUACAAUUAUUAUUUUUUACUCUUAAAUUCAAUUCAAUAGGAUGUUUAUAUUAUGUGUAGUAUUGUGUAGUGUAGUAUUCGACAUUGACAAAUAUAUCUGAUACCACCUUAUAUAAGUAUAAAUAGCAAUAGAAUAAUAAGUAUACCGUUUGAAAAGGUCCGAAACAAUGUUUUCUAUUCUUUUUUUAAAUUGGUAGCUGCCAACGCUUGGAAACGAGGUAAAGUAAAAAAUAUAAUAGAUGAUUUGCCCAUGGAUUACAAUUUAAAAAGAUGAUAUAGACCAAGACCUGUCUUUUUGAAUGGACAACUUAGGCUAUCUUAAUUUUUCACAAUAUAACAGCAGCCAGCACAUUAAUGUGUUCUUUCUUUUUUGUUGUUUUUUGCUCUAAUUGCCUUAAAGGGGACAUAUUAUGAAAACACUAUUCCUGGGAUUUUGGGUGUUGUUUUGGGUCUCAGGUGCCCCAAAACGCAUACAAACUUUGAAAAAAGUCUGUACAUGCUUUUUGAGUGAGAUAUGCAUUUCUGAAAGUACCUUUGCCUACAGUUACCAAACGAGCGACACAGUUGAAUAUUACCUCCCACUUCCCUACUCCCGUUCAAUCAGAGCAGUCCGGAGGAGGAGAAAGGGAUUGUACUCCCGGAGCUGAGCUGCCGGACUGCCGCCGAGCUAACCCCCGCUGGACUUCCGCCAAAGCUUCGGCGGCAGUCUGGCCGGUGGCCGGACGGCUUCGGCAGCUAAGGGCCCCCACGGCCACCGGGGGGGCCCCCAAGAGAGCUUGAAAUGUUUUUUUUGUGAUAUAUUAAGUCAAGGUCAUCAUUGAAUAAGCAUGGGCAAUGCUGGCAAAAAAGAUAAAUAUUUGCAGUGACCAGACGUCUUGCUCUUGUUGGUCCCAACGUGCCAAUGUUGCACCACAAACGGGCUGGUGGAGCAGGUCAUAGACUACGCUAUACAACGCGACAUGAUGCAACAUGAUUCUACACGAUGCAACGCAAGGUGACGCGCCACUUCACGACGUAACACUUUUGUGCUCAGUGUAGCUCCUGUUUUGGACGUCAACUUUUUGGCAUUUUGAUGCAAGCACAGUCCGUCUGACUAACUAGGGUUACCAUCCGCUCAUGUAGAUAGAAAAGUAGCAAACUUAUUUUUUUUUCAACGGAAAACUCCUAAAGUGGUUGACAUGUUUAUGUUCAGUACUACUUAGAACUGUAUAACAUAGAAUUUGUAAGUGCUAAUUAAUACCAAACCACACCAUUGCCUUUUCAGGUUGAAAACCAUAGGAGGGUAAAACGUUGGGUAGGUUAACGUUGGGUAAUGGGAGCAACACAGCUUCAAAAUACAAUAAGUGAUAAUGGACAUGUAUGGACGACCAUUCGAUUUGUGAAUGAUCAAGCCUUGACAAUAGUCAAUAGUAGUGCCAUGCCGAGGUGGUGGGGGGCCCAAAAUCAAAUUUUGUUUCGGACCCAAUUGAGGCUUGAGCUGCCACUGGUGAUUUGAGCUACCCUUGUGCCAUGGUUGUUUGUAACUCCAUGAUGGCUGUGCCCCAACAUCAAAGAGUUAAUUUGCGAUGCUAAAAAACAUUUCUUUAAUGUUGACUACAAACAUGGUUGGGGAAUCCUACCACAAAGAAUGGAUACGUAUUACAUAUAGCCUACAUUGACCUUCACUCCCAUUUUGUUUCAGUUCCGCUGAAAUUUGUUUUCCAAGAUAAAGUUAUGCUGGCAGGUUAUAUUAAAAUAAAAUCCUUAAUCCUUUAAAUAAGGAAAUUGAAGCCAACUAACAUCUAAAUUGUCAUUGUCCAUCUAGCAAAUUUGCCAACAAUCUACCUGUAGGUUGCAUAGUUGUUAUUGUAAGCAGAACAGUGCUUACAAGUUGGUGGUUUUCCCAGUUCCAAGCUUCUAAACCAGUUUUGGGUGAACAAGUCAAUAUUAUUAACAAGUAAACAUUAUGUACUUGUUUAAACAAUUAAAAAAAUGACCCUUUUUAGCCUCAGAUCCCUUUAAAUUAUUGUAAAACUAAGGCUUUGCCCAAUGUGCUCUUUGAACUGUUGUUAAAAACAGAAUGAACUUUACUCUGUUGGAAGAACACAUGAGCCAGUAAUCUGCACUACAAGUAUAUCUAACACACCUGUAACAAUAUAAAGCAGUAUUUUUUUUACUAUUAUGUUGGACGUUUAUGUCUAAAUAAUUCAUAGCAUGAACAAAAGUAACGAAUUAAACAUGCAAUCACAAGAAAACGAGUUCACAGCAAUGUAUUAAUAAUUUAAUUCAAGAUGUACUUCAUACUUAUUACAAAUCUAUUAAGGCUUUCUAUUCGAGCAACACAAUUUGCAUAGAUCAGGCUUGAGAGCACAUAGAUUACAUCAUGAUCAGCAGUGCAAUCAAUUACCCUCUUCUCAUUCAUAUUUUUAAUCUGUUCAUAUGAACGUGUGACAAGGCAUUAAACAAAAUGUGAGGUAGUUAAUUCUUUAAAUAAACUUCCUCCUGUUGGGAUACAAUGAACACAAUUCAUGAAUUUUGUGAAAAUCAUCAUCAUAAAAAAGUGCAGAGGAACACCAUUAAAUUGCAACAUCGAACUUUAGUGUGUGCCCUAAACUAUUUAAGGUUAAACUCCUACAUAUUGAUAAAUGCAGAACAUUGGGGAGUUAUUUAUGAAUAAAUGCAACACAUUGUAGAUGGGGAGACCUUUCACUAUAUUCAUAUUUCACUUAUGAUAUUGAGUUAUGAGCAAGUUGCGCCUCUCCAGUGUAUUAAACAUACAAACAAAUUCUAGGCUGCAUUACAAAGUGCUGUAAAGCCUAACAAACAUUAACAUUCACUCACAACCAUCAUAAAAGAACUUUGCAAGAAUGUUGCAUAUCCUAUAAAUUACAUC